CACCGAGGAGCCCAGACCGGAGGCAGAGGCGGCUACUACAGCGGCCCCGGCCAUGGCGGUGCUGGACCUGGCGCUGGAGGGAAUGGCCGUCCUCGGCUUCACCCUGUUCGUCGUGCUGUGGCUCAUGCACUUCAUGGCCAUCGUCUACACACGAUUGCACCUCCACAAGAAGGCAACAGACAAGCAACCGUAUAGCAAGCUUCCUGGUGUCACACUUCUGAAACCACUGAAAGGUGUGGAUCCCAACCUAAUCAACAAUUUAGAAACAUUCUUUGAACUGGAUUAUCCCAAAUAUGAAGUGCUCCUCUGUGUACAAGAUCACGAUGAUCCAGCUGUUGAUGUAUGUAAAAAGCUGCUUGGCAAAUACCCAAAUGUGGAUGCUAGAUUGUUUAUAGGUGGCAAAAAGGUUGGCAUUAAUCCAAAGAUUAAUAACUUAAUGCCGGGAUAUGAAGUUGCUAAAUAUGACCUCAUAUGGAUUUGUGAUAGUGGAAUCAGAGUAAUUCCAGAUACACUUACUGAUAUGGUUAACCAAAUGACAGAAAAAGUAGGAUUGGUCCAUGGACUGCCCUAUGUUGCAGAUAGACAAGGUUUCGCUGCCACGUUAGAACAGGUUUAUUUUGGAACUUCACACCCAAGGUCCUAUAUUUCUGCCAAUGUAACCGGCUUCAAAUGUGUAACGGGAAUGUCUUGUUUGAUGAGAAAGGACGUAUUAGACCUAGCUGGAGGACUUAUAGCCUUUGCCCAGUACAUUGCUGAAGACUACUUUAUGGCCAAAGCAAUAGCGGACAGAGGUUGGAGGUUUGCAAUGGCUACUCAAGUUGCAAUGCAAAAUUCUGGGUCAUAUUCAAUUUCUCAAUUCCAAUCCAGAAUGAUCAGAUGGACCAAGUUGAGAAUUAAUAUGUUGCCCGCUACGAUCAUCUGUGAGCCAAUUUCUGAAUGCUUUGUUGCCAGUUUAAUUAUUGGAUGGGCAGCUCACCAUGUAUUCAGAUGGGACAUUAUGGUAUUUUUCAUGUGUCACUGCCUGGCCUGGUUUAUAUUUGACUACAUUCAACUCAGGGGUGUUCAGGGUGGAGCUCUGUGUUUCUCAAAACUUGAUUAUGCGGUAGCUUGGUUCAUCCGAGAAUCUAUGACAAUAUAUAUUUUCCUAUCGGCUUUGUGGGACCCCACUAUCAGCUGGAGAACGGGGCGCUACAGGUUACGCUGUGGAGGCACGGCAGAGGAAAUCCUCGAUGUAUAACCGCAGCUCUGUGACUGUAUUUAAAAAAGACAAAAAAGGAAAACAGAGAAGUAUUAUAAAUUAUGUUUAUAUAAAUGCUUUUAAAAAUCUACCUUAGAUAGUUUUAUUACUUGUACAUUUUGGUAUCUGUACUUUAAUUUAUUUUGCAUGGCACUUGCAUCUGUGAAAAACAUCCACCUGUAAGUCUUGGCCACAUGGUAUCUUUUUUUAAAAAAAAAAUAGAUAAUCAAGGACAUGGUUCCAGGACACUUUUUUUUUUUAAUGAAUGCUCUGCAGCAAACACUAUAACAAUAUCCUUCAGUAGAGAAGUUUUUGACUUAGAUGUUCAGUGUUCCAAAAACAAUUGUGGGCUAAAAUUAGCUUUUUCCAAUUUGACUUGCACAAGUCUAGAGGCUAAUUAAUUCUUCAUCAGAAGAGAAUAUCUGAUAGGGUUGUGCAGAGAACUGCUAACAAUGGGGUACUAACAGACAUUUUUUGAUGCUUAAUGCCUACCUCUUGUAAUUGCUGCAGAGCAAAUACAAAUUAUAGUACAUAACUAGGGCCUUGCAAAAACAAACAGAAAAAGUAAUAAAAGAGAGCUGGAGUCUUGUAUUUAUAUGUAUAUAUGGGAUAUUUUUUGGUCUCGCAGCAGUGAACCGAAAGUGGACUGAGUUUGGUUUCUAAUAGUAGCUAUAUGUCGAAGGCGUCUUCUGGGCCAAUUUUUAAGCCAUUGUGAAUUACCACAGCUGUAAUUAGUGAGCUAACAUUCCCCCAACUCACUUUCCCUCUCCUUUCCUUUUUUCAGUGGGUGUUGGCUUGGUUUCUGGGUGAAUGAAAGUUUGGAGAGUUGUGAUGGGGGGAAAUGCGUUUCAGAACCAUUUCACACUUGAACUAUUUUCUUACACGGUGGAUCUUGUUAAUGAGAAUGAAAUUUCAUGACGCAGGUAUCUUUAAAAUAAGCAUAGACGAAUCAUCAAGUACAAUUGCGGUGGGUAAUCAAAGGUGCAGGGUGGGUUUACUGGUAUAUUGAACAAACUUAGUCCACUGUUGGGUUUUUUGCCUACUAUAGUUACUCUAGUUGUAUUUAAAUUGAUUUUUGUAUUCCAGUUGUAUGACUUAAAGGACUAGAUUAAUGCAAAUUGUAAGUGCAUGCUGAACCUCACCCUUCCUCGUCCCAGCCUUGAACUUGCUUUCAACCCCCUCCUCAGAUUGUUCUUAACUUGUGGUGAACUGGACUUGUUUUUAUAUAAAAAAGGCAAAAAUUUAAGGGACAGCACAUAAGCCUUUCAUUUUUAGGUAUCAAUGCUUCUCUUCGGAGUUGGAUGGCAUGUUGUCACAAUGAAUGUUUACUGGCUAACUGCAGGGUUAGCUGGCAAUAUGGCAGCUUUAAAUCUUAAAUUACUACAACUUCCAUGUCAAAGCAUAAUGUGUAGCAUAUUAGCAAUAACUACAUGUAUUUAUAUAAAAUGAACACUUUUUUCACCUUACUGAGCCAAUCCAUUUAGCCGUCUAACCAAUAUGCACACGGUUUAAAAAUGUAUAUAUCUGUAUGUAUGUGUAUGUGUGUAUAUACUAUGUAUGCAUAUUAUAUAGAAACAUUUCUCCGGGCCAAAAUGCUUCACUUAGUUCAAUAUUAUUUUGCCUUUAUGAUAUCAUUGAAUUGUUUGAAGGGCAUUUUCUAUGUGAACAAAGGCUUUGAUACGUGUUCUGUUCUUUAUGUGAAUCGGGAAAUGAUGUUUCCUGAGGAGAGUUGCACAAUGAAAAGCAGUCUAGUUGUGACCCACGGAAAGGUUUUUUUUUUUGAAUUUUAUUUGACAAAUCAGUUUUGCAGACCAUGGUUGUAUGUCUAAUGAAGUUUUGUUGAGGCCAUUCAUUGUGCUGCUAAAGGUGAAGCUUCGCUUACUACUUAGCUCUGUGCUGAUCUCAAUGUGGGCAGUGUAACAACAGUAAAACCAAAAAAGCCUGGACAGAUUCCUUAUGGUAUAUUUUGUAGCUCUGAUAAAGUUCCGUACUGUUUGUGAUCCUCUUAAAGUAGUUAAAGCCCAGCACAAAAGAGAAGCUUCACUCUUGCAAGAUUUCGGAGUCAAAAUUUGAGGCGAUUCCGCUAUUAGCACUCUACAGAAAUACCGUAGGGAGCGUCACGACAGAACUUCAGGAGUCAAAAUAAAUUUGAUACACUGACUUAUUACCAACUAGUAUCUAGAGUAGACUAUGCCAUGUUUUAUUAUUUAAAAUUGUUGGCUUGAUUUCUUGUUCAAAAAUAAAAUUUUGCAUACUAUCAAAA